AAAUACUACGUGCUUCACGUACUUACGCGAAACUAUGCAACUGCCGAUUCGCCGAAGUGUAUAAAUUUCAGAGAUCACCCCGACAUCUCGAGAAUUUCAAACCAGAAAACCCCCUUCUUCCCUUCCCUCCCCACUUCCCCUGCUACUGCUACCGCUGCUUCUUUCGCUCUCGCGUCCGUGGCCAUGGCGAAUGCUAGGGCGCGCUCCCAGGGAUCCAGCCACCGCCACCUCAUACUCGUCCUCCUCGUUGCUCUCCUCUCAGCGGAUUUUCUACUUCCGGUGGCGACGGCCUCCGCAGCGGUGGCCGUGGCGGCGGAAGGGGAUGGGGAGAACAGGUCUGCGAGGCAGUGGGCGACGGGGAAGGACGAGGGAGAGCUUUCCGCGGAGCGGGAGGCAUCUGCCGGUGGGUCCGUCGUGGAGGACGACUUCGCGGGCGGGUUCGGCUCCCUCGACAGCAUGCUGCAGUGGGCGAUCGGGAAUUCUGAUCCAGGAAAGCUGAAAGAAGAGGCGGCGGAUGUGCAGAAGUUAUCAGAAGACGAGCUACUCAAGCGGCGUGUAGAGAUUAAGGAGUUGAUGGAGAAGUUAAAGAUGCCAUCGGAUGCUGACUUAAUGAAAAUUGCGAUCACUGACUUAAACAAUUCUUCAAUUUCACUGGAGGAUCGCCAGCGUGCAUUGCAAGAGCUUUUAAUUCUUGUUGAGCCCAUUGACAAUGCCAAUGACCUUGAUAAAAUUGGGGGCCUUGUUCCUGUGAUUCAAGAUCUUAAUAAUGCAAAUGAAGAAAUACGGAUCACAUCUGCAUGGGUCCUGGGUACAGCCAGUCAGAAUAAUGUCCUUGUCCAAAACCAGAUCCUUGGUUAUGGAGCUUUGGGGAAAUUAGUGAAGAUGGGCUAUUCCAAGUCGACAAAAGAAGCUGCGAAGGCAAUGUUUGCUAUAUCGGCUUUGAUUAGAGACAACGUGAAUGGUCAGGAGGCAUUCCAAUCGGAAAGAGGGAAUGCAAUGUUGCAGCACAUAUUGGCAAGCAAUAGUAUUGAUGUCCGGCUUCAGAAGAAGGCAGUGUUUUUAGUAACAGACCUAGCAGAUUUUCAGCUAAACUCUGAAAACUCAGGACUUGCUUUCCUAAGUGAACACGUUUUUCUAAAGCUAAUGGUUGAUAUGUUAUCAAGAUUUGACCUUGACCUUCAAGAAAAGGUUUUGUUGGCCAUCAGGAGUCUAUUGAAGCUACCAUCAACCGACGCUGCUGACCUGGAGUCACUUGGCCUUGACAGUGUGCUAUACAGGCUGGGGGUGCAGCUGGAGGAGUUGCCAUCGGAGGAGCAGAAAGAGUACGCCGGGGAGGUCGAUGGCCUCCGGAGAGAAGUCCAGGCGCUCUUCCAACAGAAGCUCAAGCAGGGUACAGCAGCUGCCGCGGCAUGAAGAUGAAGGACAUAUACUACUCGGAUGAACUGGAGGGAAGAGGGGGUUUGGGUUCAGAGCUGGGUCGAGUGCCUUUGUUUUUUGUCGGAGGGUACACAAAAUGUUGUAGGAUUCCAUACUGCAGAUUAGAGUAAACACUCCGUAUGGUUUUCUAGUUUUCUUCUUCACAGAACCAGCUAUGAUCCAUUCGAUCCUCCCCUUGUUCUGCGAUCCGAGCAAUGUGAUGAAACGCAUAGCAAUUAUUGUUUUUGUCUUUGGGUUGUCAUUGUCAA